GAGCUCAUCCAGCCCGAGCUCCCCACCGCAUACAACUCACCCAACGCGCAUAGAGGGAUGGCCGAGCUGAAGGAUCCGUUACCACCUGUGCAGGAGCUGGGAGCGACAAGUGGCCCGCUGAAGAGCGCUGCGUACUUUAUUGGCGAUAGGUGUAAGGAGUUUAAUGAGGACUUCAUGCUCUGCAAGAAUGAGAGUCGCGCACCCGAGCAUUGUUUACAAGAAGGGCGCAAGGUCACCCGCUGCGCACAGGAAGUGCUCACCAACCUCCGUGCGGCCUGUGCAGCCGAGUUCGAGACCCAUUGGCAGUGCUUAGAGCAGAACAACCAUUACUACUACAAGUGCCGGAGGGAAGAGCGUCCUCUCAACACUUGCGCUUUCACCAAGAUUGGGUACAAGAAGGAGAUCCCUGGCACAACGGAAGGGCAGACCCCGAUCCACGAGGUGAAGAUGCCGUACUACAGGCCGCAGCAGAAAUAGAGUGUCAUCGAUUGUUGCGUUACGGAAAGAAACCGGCAUGUUGAGGAAAGGAGGUGGCCAAAAAGAGGAUCAUGCAAGGGGUGCUUGCAUACAUCAAUUGAGCGAUGACGACGUUGGUCAGGGGUCGAACGCGGGGGAAUGUAAUCCUAUUU